UCUCCUCAGCACCAGAACCAGCUGAGAUCCUCUGGGCAGCUUCAGAGACGGAGCAAGAGAAACCAGCAGAGAAGAUGAUGGCUUUCAAGGUUCUCUCUCUGCUCCUUGCUUCGCUGAGCUUUGUUUUGAUGGAAGAGACUGUCUCAGGGGUCAGUGUAGGGGCUCCCAGCACCAGACCACUGCAGAGACGCUAUUCCGAGGCCACCCUGGCAAGCGACUACAGCCGCACGAUGGAUAACAUGCUGAAGAAGAACUUUGUGGAGUGGUUGCUAGCCAGACGGGAGAAGAAAAGCGACAGCAUGAUCGAGGCGUACAAGAGGGCAGCUGAGCCCCAGGGACCCGCUGCGAGUGGCCAAAGGUUGGACCUGGGCACGCAGGAAGCCAAAGAUUUCUUCUCCUGGCUCCUGAAAGGCAACAAAAGCCCGAGUUCCCUGGACGCUUCAGAAGGUUUGAAGGAUGCUCUGCACCAGGACUUCCUGACAUGGCUGAUGUCCACUGAUCUCUGCAGGGCAACGACCGUGUAA